CUACCACCACCACCACCACCAACAGCAACAACAACAACAACAACAACUUCCACCACCACCACAACAACAACAUGAACAGCAACAUCACCAACAACAACGGCAACAGCCUCAACAACAGCAGCAACCUCAACAACAACAGCAAUUACAACCCAAUCCAUGUGUAUCAGAGAAAGUUGAUCUAUAUAAAAGUAAUUCAUUACAAUCUAAUUUCAUGAAAGAACAUUUAAUGAUGAAUAAGAAAUGUAAUUCAUCCGAUAAUAAUAAUAAUCAUCAAUCAUCAAAUGAAUCGAAUCUAUUGUGGUUAUCAAUCAGAUAGUGGAAUAGAAUGUAUUAAUUUACCAAUUCAUAAUAUAAAUUUUACAUUACCAUUACAAACAAAACAAUCAAAUAUGAAUGAUCCAUUACAUCAUACGAAUAUAAUUGGAUCAUUGCCAAGAAAUUUACAUAAUCCUUAUUCUAUGAUAUAUCAAUCAAAGAUGUUAAAUUUUAAUUCUAUGAAAUCAUCUAUUCAUCACAUUGAUGUUCAUCAUGAACAACAACAAUCUCAACAACAGGGAGGAGGAGUUGGAGGUGGUGGUGGUGGUGGCGGUGGAAACGAAGAAGAGAAUCUAGGCAAUUAUGCACGUCGUAUGCAUGAACGAUUACAAGAAGGUAUGAGAGAAGCACAAGAAUCAUUAUGGAUGCCUGAUUUACCAGAAUUAAAUAAAAUGAAUCGAUUAAGUGACAGUUCAUCAAUGAAUAAUAAUGGUAAUAGUAAUUCAUCAACCGCACAAUUAUCUGAUGGAAUGACAAAUUUAAGUUCAAGUAUCGAUAGAAAAAAACAAACAAUCAUGAAAAACAUCAAAACAGAACCUCCAAUUCAAUUCAAUGAAAAACAUUCUAACAUGGACAACUGUUUAUUACCAUCAUCCUCAACACCACCAUCACCAUCAUCAACAUCAACAUCAGCAUCACCAUCAUCACCAUCACCAUUCAUUAACUCUAUAAACAAUAAUAAUAAUCAUUCUGAUUAUUCUAUUCAUAAACAAUCGAAUAGUUAUUCCCCUUUGAAUUCAAGAUUUUAUUGGUGUCAUAAAUUACAUAAUAAUCAACCAAUCAUAAACAAUUUCCAUUUACAAUCCCUUAGUAACAAUAAUAAUAAUAAUAAUGAAUAUACUAAUAUGGAUAUAAAAAAUGGUGUAUGUUCAGAUGUGGAAGAUUUAUUAAAUCAACAUGAAAGACGAUUAAUGUCCAUUUCAGGAACUGAAAACGAUAAGAAAAUCAAUGAAUUAACACGAUUCAACUCAGCUUCAGAUACAGAAGAAUUUCUUUCUAAUGACUAUAGAAUUCAAGCAUCGAUAAGAGCUAUGAAUUAUGGUUACAUGGGAUGUGAUCCAAUUCAACCUUCAACAUAUAAUUGGUUACGUAAAGUGAAUAACAAUGAAACUGUUGGAGAUGGAUUGCAUAAUCGUUAUUUUAUUCCACCAAGAUUAUGUAAUCUAGAUUCUAGUAUAAAUCAGUCAGAUAAACUUGUUUCCGCAUCGGGUAUAUCACAACAACAAAGUUUACUGACAAGAGCAAGACGACGACAAAUUGACGGUAGAUCAUUAUCAUCGUCUAUCGCAAAGCAUGAUGAUGCUGAAAGAAUUUAUGGAAUUGUUCCAUUAUCACCAUCUUAUUUAUAUAAUCAAUUUAUGCCAUCUACUGGUUUAAUGAUUAAAGGAAUGAUGAGUAAUAGUAGUAGCAGUGGUAAUCGAACUAAUCAAGAUAAUGAGAUAAAUUUACCAGGAACUAUAAGUGCACCACCUGGAACACCAAUAAAAUUACCAUAUGCUGCUCCAGCCAGUCUAAUUGGUACAACAUCUGGCUUUAGUUGCCCAGAAUCUGGUUCACAAAUAAUCAGUGGAUUAGGAGUGAAUGGUUCAAGGCUAUCGCUUACUUCAAAUGGAUCUUGUGUAUCUACGGUAGAGGAAAAACAAGCUGAAGAAAUACAAAAACUUAAACGUAAACUUGAACAAGCUGAGAAAAAAGUUAGUGAAUUAACAACACAAUUAACAACGAAUGUAAGUUCAUGUAAUAAUAAUAAUAGUGUCAAUGAUAGUACUAUUAGUAGUAAGUUUAUAUUACCUAAAACAUUUAAUGAUAAUAUUGUUAUUGUCCCAACAAAUAUUCCAAAUUAUGAUUGUUCACAAAAUGUUCAAUCAAAAAACAAUACAGGAUUAAUGAUUCGUCGACGUAGUGUAAGUUCUAAUCCAUUCAAUCGUAAUUCAUCAUUAUUAUUAUUAUGUAAUACUAAUGAUCAAUUCAUUCAUAGAAAUAAUAAUAUGAAUAAUCAAUCACCGAAUUCAACACCUCCAUCUUCACCACGAUUGUUUACUGAUAGCCAUCUAUUGACAAGAAAUUCUACAUUAACAUCAUUCCCUCAACCAAUCUUAUCUGACUUGUCAACAAUUUCAUCUAAUAAUUCAAUAAAACAUCAAAGAAGAGAUCAUUCAAAGAUGUCAACUAUAGCCUGUAAUAAUAAUAAUAAUAAUAAUAGUACAUUGUCACCAUUAAGAAGUCGAAGAAUAGUUCAUCAACCUAUACAAUCAAUAACAAAUGAAAAAUUCAAUCAUCCAAUGACUUCAAUUCUAAUGAAUAGAAAUCAUGAUCAAAUGAUUCAAGACAGAUCAUAUCUUAUGAAAGAUGAAGAUUAUUCUCUUCAUCAACAAUAUAAACAAUCUUGUGAACAUCAUAAACACAUAGAGAAUGAUCGAUUAGUCAAUAAUCAUCCAAAUACUUAUUCAACUCCUGUAUAUUCUAUAAACAGUAAUUUAAGUAUACAAUCUGCUAUCAGUUUACAAUCAUUAGAUCAACUUAAAUCAAUUAAUCAAUCGAAUCAAACCUAUUCAAUUGGGAAUCAUCUAGUUACUACUAGGGAAUGUUCAGUGACAGAGAUCAAUAAUAAUACAUUACAAUAUUGUUAUUAUCAAGUACCUUUCAGUGAAUGUCAACAUCAAUAUUCAUCAGCUUUUCAACGAUCUGAUUCUUUUACAAAGACAUCAACAUCAUCAUCAUCAUCAUUAUUAUUACCGACGAAAACAACAACUGCAUUGCCUAUUGGUAAUGUAACAUUCAAUAGUAUAACUUCCCCAAUUCAAUCGAAUACACUACAUAAGAAUAGAAUCCGACCAAUAGAAAGAAGACGUUAUACUCAAUAUGGAAUUACUUAUCAGCAUAAUAAUAAUAAUAAUAAUGAAUUAGAAAAUGAAAUGAUCAGAUUAAAGCAACAACAACAACAACAGUAUACUACAAUUCCACAAAUGUUGACAAGAUCUUCUCAAUUGUCUAAAACUCAUUCAAAUGUACAUGAACAAAAUGGUAUUUGUUCAACAUAUCCAUCAAUAAUUACUGAUCUACAUAUGAAUAACAAUAGGGAUGUACCGAUGUUAUCAAAUAUAAGGCGUCAAAAACCAGUCAAUAGUCGAAGGGCUCAUGUUGUCUCAGCUUUUGAACAAAGUUUAAACAAUAUGUCACAACGGCUACAGAAUUUAUCAAAUACCACAACAAGGAAAGAUUCAGAACUACAUGAAUUAAGAGCAACAAUUGAUGCAUUACGUAGUCAAACAGAAUUAGGACUAUUAAAAAAACCACCAAUUAAUCGACCUUGUGAAUUGAAUAGAUCAUUUACUAAUGAUACAUUGAAACAACAAGAAAACUCAUGCAUUUCUACUACUACUACUACUUCUACUUCUACCACUACUAUUAUUACUACUAAUACUACUUCCAAUACUGGUAGUAAUAGUGAGAAUGAACAAGCACAUAUUAAUUCACGUUUAACAAUUUCAAAUGCAAGUCUUACUGAUGUAGAUAGUCAACAAUUACAAAUGGAUAAUUCAAUUGAUAAAGUAUCAUCUACCACAUCCGGUUGUAAAUCUUCAGGAAAUAAUGUGAAGAAAAAUGGAUGGUUUCGUAAUUCACUUGGUAAAGCAUUCCGUAAAAAGACCACAUCAUCAUCAACACUAUCAAUACAUUCACAAAGUGAUAUAGAUUGUCCUACAUCAUCAAUACAACACAACUCUAUCUAUCAUAGUAACAAUAAUAAUAAUAGUCUUCCUCCUGGACAUCCAUCCAACUUACCACAAAGUCCGACUAUGGAUCAUAAAGGAUUACAUAAUACUAUUAUAAAUCAAUCUAAUAUGAAUUCUAUACAAUCUAAUAGUCAUAUGAAUGCUUUAUCUGUCUUAUCCAAUACACAUUUAAAUGGUUUAUCUCCUUCGAAUUCAUCAACAUUAUCAUCGUCAUCAUCAUCAUGGAGUACAUUAGGAAUAUGUGGAAAUGGUCAAAAUAAUUGUAAUAUCAUUACAGCUACUACUACUACUAUUACUACUACUAAUAGUAGUAGUAGUACUAUUGUACCAUAUACAAAUGAACAAAUUAAUCGUUUGAACAACACACGAAUACAGCAACAACAACAACAACAGGACCAUCGACCAAUCCAUUCAAAUCAACUUAGUUGCCCAAAUUACUUAGUUAGCUAUAAUGAUUCAGAUAAACAAAAUAAAUUAUUCAAUGUUGAAGGAGGUGAUAGAAAUAUUCUGGACAGGAAUGAUAGUAAAUUAGAAUUAAAUAAACAAUCAUGUCAAGAUGAAUUGAAUCAUUUAAAAUGUCAAUUAGCUGAAAAAGAAUCUAAAUUAACUGAUGUACAAUUGGAAGCUUUAGCAAGUGCUCAUCAAUUAGAUCAAUUAAAAGAUGAAAUGUCACAUUUAUAUUCACAAUUAAAUUAUUUACGUACAGAUAAUGAAAGAUUACAAAUAUUAGUGACACAUUUACAAAAACAACAACAUUAUCAUCAUCAUCAUCAUCAUCAACAUCAGCUACAACACAGUACUCCUGCUCCUGCUCCUGCUCCUCCUCCUCCUCCUCCUCCUCCUCCUCCUCCUCCUCCUCCUCCUCCUCCUCCUACUACUACUACUACUACUACUACUACUACUACUACUACUACUACUACUACUACUACUACUACUACUACUACUACUACUACUACUACUACUACUACUAAUAAUAAUAAUAAUAAUAAUAAUAAUAAUAAUAAUAAUAGUAAUAGUAAUAAUAAUAAUAUGUCAAUAUUAUGUAAUACAGAGAUAAUACCCGUUGAAUGUGAUACUUGUUCAAAUCUAUUUAUUGGAUUUUCUGAAAGAACUAUUAAUUUAAACGACUCAUUCAUUGCAACAAUCAAUCUUAUUUUAAACAAUCCUCAACAUAAUAAUAAUAAUAAUAAUAAUUCAUCAACCAAUUCUAUUUUAAAUAUUGGUAUCCUUUAUUUAACAAAAUUAUAUAAUUGGGAAUCUAUAAAUAAUCAUCUUGUUAAUUUAUAUAAUUUAUAUACAUCCUAUUUGAAUUUGAACGACCCGCGUGACCUUCAAAUGAAUGAAUUCAAACAAUUUCAAUUACAUAUUGAUCCGUUGAAUUAUACAUGGUAUAUUGAAUUUCAUCAAAAUACAUCAAAUUAUUCCAUUCAAUUUAAGGAUGAUGAUAAUAAUGGGAGAACAAUUCAAAAUCCUCAACAUUUAAUUAAUUUAAUUCAAUCUCAAUCAAAACAAUUCAAUAUUCAAUUAGUUAUAAAUCAUGAUUUAUUGAAUAUUGAACAAGCAAAUUUAUUAGCGGAUUAUUCAAAUGAUUAUCAACAGAAUUUAUUUAAACAAUUAAAUAAUUUAAUGAUAAAAACUUUAUUAAAUCGUGAUAUUUUAUAUUUUUAUUAUGAAUUAUUAUAUACAUAUCAUUUAAUGAUAUUCUAUGAUAUAGAUGAUGUUUAUAUGAAUAUAGUGAUACAAGCAUUCUAUGAACAUAUUUGUUCCAGUAUAAAUUCAUCUUCAUUGAAAUUACAUCAUUUCAACUUAACUGAUAGUGAACAAACUACAAUGAAUGAUUUAUAUCAAUGUUUAUCACAAUAUAUGAAUAAUACAAUGAAUAGAACAGAACAAUUACCCACUAAUUUAAUCAUUCUAUUCUAUAUUCAAUCAAUGAAUCAAAUGUCUAAUGAUGAUUAUUUGAAAAUUAUCAAUGAUUUUCAAGUUUAUUAUAAUAGAAAGAAAGAUGAUCCAAAUAGAACAUGUUCAAUAUAUCUAAUUGGUACUUGGAUAACAUCAGUUGGCAACAGUUCAAUUGAAUCAUCAUCAUCAUCAUCAUCAUCGUCGCCGUUAUCAUCAAUCCCAGGUCCACUUCAAAAUCUAACAACAACAUCAUCAUCAUCAAUGAAUGUGAAAUUGAUCUCAUAUCCAAACAAAUAUAAUAGUAUAUAUAAAUCUGUACAAUGUUUCAAUGAAUUAAUUUGUUGGAUUCAAAUAGACUAUUCAUUUAAACAAUCUUAUAUGAUAGGUGAUUUAAAGAAACAACUUGUUCAUUCAUUAGUUAAUGAAUUCAAUGAAAAAUUAUCAUCAUCUUCAUUAUUGAAUCAAAUGGAUCAAGAAUAUUUAGAUAAAUUUCAUAAUCAAUUGAAAUGUUAUGAAGAUCUUAUUAAAUGGAUUCAGCAGGUUCUCAAUUAUUUAAAUCAAUUCUUAAUAGAAUUGCAUAAUCAUUAUCAUGAAACCACAUUAGAAGAUAAGCAUCAAUUUCAUUUGAUUAAUCCAUUAAUAUUUUUAUCUUUACCAUUUCAUGAUGAUCUCAGUAAUUCUGAAUUAUGGUUUAUUGAUUUAUGGAAUAAUCAAAUUGUAAAAAUGAUAAAAAAUUUUAUUGAUCAAUGGUCUAAUCAUCAUCAUCAGAAAUCAAUAAAACAACCGGUAAAUUGUAUUGAUCCAACCAAUUGGAUUCUAUCAACAUGGCCAUGGCAUACAACAAAUUGGUUAGAAUGUUUUCAUAAACAUAAACAUAAUAAUACAGAUAUGAUAUCUCCACCAUGUUUAAUACAUCUUAUUGAAUGAUGCAUAUAGAAAUACAGUUAAAUUUCAAUGUUGCUUAUAUACUACUUACUAUUAUUAGUAGUAGUACUAGUAGUAGUAUCAGAAAGUAACACCUUAAAGUGUUAUAUAUGAUCUUUAACUCUACCAGAUCAACAGAUUUACAUAGUUUCAUUCACUAGGAAAUGUAUAAUAUAACUAAUCCAAAAUAUAUCUUCUUAAUUGUCCCCUUUUUAUGUUCAAUUUGUAUAUACAUGAAAAUAAAGUUGCCUAGAAACAAUAUGUAUACAAAAUUAUCCAAAUAAAUCUAUAUGUGAACAAUGUGAUUUGAUUACAUGAUCAAGGAAUAUGAAUUUUGUUUUUGUUCUGUUCAUUCACCAAAAACAUGAGUCCAUUGUAAAAUUCUAUCUAAUCAGUAUUUGGUAAUUAAUGAUGAAAAGAAAAUUAUAAACAAAUUGCUUACUUAUUUAUAAAUUCCAUUUUGUUUUGUUUUCUAUACCAAGAAAACUGUUUAAAUUCGUUAUUUGAUUAACACAGAAUACGGUAUGCAACUAAUGCAUGUCGAACGUAUAGAACCCUACAGUUGCAAAAUAGAAAGCUGAAGAAUAGUUUGUUGGGCAGGAAUCAAAAUGUACAAAAAAUCAUGGGUAUUUAUAAAUAUCAACA